GUACUGUGACUAGUGGCGUAAAAUUUGUGAUGUUCGAUUACAGUAAAAUUAUUAUCUUAUCUUUAUCUGGUUUGUUUAUCUUGUAGUGUUUAAACCUGUGCUUGUUUCUAGGAAAUUUACUAGUGAUCGAUACAGUUCGUAUAAGUGUAUUGGAAGCCCUUAGGAAAGGGUAUAAUAGCAAAUAUGGAUAAUCUUAGGUUAUAUUUUGUGACAUGGAAUGUGGCCACAAAGGCGCCGUCACAAGACAUUAAUGCGUUACUGGACUUCCCGUCUCAGUUCAACAAGAACAAGCCGCUGCCAGACUUUUUCAUUCUAGGCCUGCAAGAAGUAAAAUCGCAGCUCCAGAACAUGGUGAUGGACUCUCUAUUCUCGGACCCAUGGACGUCCGCCUUCAACAAAGUUCUGUGCCGGCAGGAAUAUGUAAUAGCCAAGUCUAUAAGACUGCAGGGCUUGCUGUUGUUGGUGUAUACGCAGCUGAAGCACAUCACGCAUCUGAGGGAUCUAGAGGCGCAGUAUACUAAGACUGGCUUGGGAGGCAUGUGGGGCAACAAAGGCGCAAUCAGCAUACGCUUCAACAUCUACGGCUGCUCCGUCUGUUUCGUGAACUGCCAUCUAACAGCACACGAGCAUUUACUAGCGGACAGGGUGAAUGACUACAACACCAUAAUUAAAUAUCAUAAUUACCAUGUUCAGGAGACUUCUAAUAUUUUGUAUCAUGACUACGUAUUCUGGAUAGGCGACCUAAACUUCCGUACAGACCACCCGACCGGCACCAGCCCAACGUCAGAAGAGAUCGUCACAUCACUAAAGAAAGUCGAGAAAGACGUGUAUACGAAUAUAUUGAGGCACGACCAGUUGCUAGCCGUUAUGGAGAGUGAGGAAGCCUUUGCGGAGUUUAGUGAGCCAGCGAUCAAGUUUCCGCCUACUUAUAAGUUUAAUACCGGGACGGACGAGUAUGACAUCAAACGGAAACCUUCCUGGACGGACAGGAUAUUAUACAAAGUGAUAGCAAACAACUAUGAAAACAUUACCCUCCGGGCAGAUCUCAUAUCGUAUAACCACGUGCCGUUCUACACGCUGAGCGACCACAAGCCUGUAGUUGCGCAGUUUAAUAUUAAGACGUUCUCAAACUAUACGGAGAAGACGAUAAAGUUCGUGCUGAACAACCAGAAAUGGUACAUCGGGGACUCAGAGUACAGGAUGGAGUGUAUCCUGUCCCAAGACGUCGAGAUACACCCCAACGACUGGAUCGGCAUUUACGAUGCAUCCUUCAACAACUUGGACGAUUACAUAGCCUACGAGUACAUGGCCAAAGUGCACCGACCAGAGAUCCAACCCGUGCACGUAGCCCCAGGCACUAGGGUGGUCAUCCUGAGCUUCCCGGUCGGCAGCGGCGUGAGGAUACCAGGCUUCUACCGGUUUAUAUACUUCAGCCAACCAAAUAGCGAUGUCAGGAGCGUUCUAGGCGUAUCAACCCCCUUCGAAGCCAGCUUCAAAACCGAGGACCCCCAAUGGGCGUCGACCAGCACCACCCCCACCCCGAAACCCACCACCACCACGGACGUGUUCACAGACUUCACGGGCCUCGACGUUGCGAAUCUGUCGCGGCACUUCUCGCACGACCUGAGCAUCGACUGACUAAAGAGUUACUUGCCUGGCUCACCGGCAAAUGGGAGGAGGCGGCCUUAAGGUUUGUAAGGUCACAAAUUU